AUGUACUACUCUCAGCAUAUGUCUGGAGGUCAGGCCCCUGCGCCUCAGACCGUGACUUCUGGUGGCAUGAGCCACUAUACGCAACAACAACCGCCGUUGCUUCCCCCCGGCCACGCUGCUGCAUACUCAACCCCCUCAUACAGCCACUAUCCUUAUGCUGCUAACGGAUUGACCUCACCCCCGCCUGCCCAGCCCACAGUAUCGAACCCAAUGGCACCCCAGAACGUGCUACCUCUGCCGGGAGCUGGAAACCAGAACCCUAUGCAGAACCAGUACACAGGGUUUGAUACGACAGGCCAACAGCCCCCACCCGGAAUGAAGCCUCGUGUUACUGCCACGCUUUGGGAAGAUGAGGGUAGCCUGUGCUUCCAGGUUGAGGCCAGGGGCAUUUGCGUCGCCCGGAGAGAAGACAAUCAUAUGAUCAACGGUACGAAGCUUCUGAAUGUGGCUGGCAUGACCCGAGGUCGACGAGACGGUAUCUUGAAGAGUGAAAAGGUUCGACACGUCGUCAAAAUCGGACCAAUGCACUUGAAGGGUGUCUGGAUUCCUUACGACCGUGCCCUGGACUUUGCCAACAAGGAGAAGAUCACAGAACUGCUCUACCCGUUAUUCGUUCAUAACAUUGGUGCCCUCCUGUACCACCCUGCGAACCAGAGCAGGACCACGCAGGUCAUGGCGGCUGCCGAGAGGCGGAAACAAGAGGGCAUGCGAAACCCAGGCCACCCCGGCUUGCCUUCGAUCAACCACCACCAACCCAUGCCCCUCCCAGGACCUCAGGCUCAGCUGCCUUCUCACACCAUGGGUCGCCCGUCCCUCGACCGGGCUCACACAUUCCCCACCCCACCAACGAGCGCAUCCAGCGUCAUGGGGAGCAUGGGAGCCUCGGACAGCUUCAACUGGCAGGGUCAGGGAAUGAAUGGGGCUCAAGGUACCAACCCAAUGACCAUUGAGACGGGUCUUAACAACACACGCUCAAUGCCCAAUACUCCAGCUACCACCCCUCCCGGCAACUCGCUUCAGAGCAUGCAGAACUACGCUUCUAGCAACCAGACCUACGAUGGCACUCGCCCCAUGUAUAACCCGCAGCCGCACCAGUCUCCUUACCAGUCAUCGGCAGGAAACCCCCAGGACCGCAUUUACGGACAGACCAGCAGUUACCCCAAGAAUGAUAUGGCGCCACCUGCGAGCAGGCCUUCGGCUUCUGAACCUUCUGCAGAGCAGCAGGACACAAAGCCACCUAACGGAAUGCUCCAGUCGGAUCAGCCACCCCAGCAGCACACCAAUGAGGAUGAGGGAGAUCACGAGCAUGAUGCCGAGUACACUCAUGACAGCGGCGCUUACGACGGUAGCCGCAACAACUACAACUAUACCGCCCCCAGUGUCGGAGCCUUGACAAAUGAUGCCAACCUCUCAACAGAGAUGUCGGGUUCCCCCAGCCUCCCUCCUCCAUCUGGACGAGCCACUCCCAGGACGACUGCCCCCGCUCAAUCGUACUACAACCAGCACACUGGAUACAACACUCCUCCCCGUGUCCAGCAGACGUCGAGCAGCCUUUACAAUGUCAUUGGUGGUAAUGAUCGGGGAGCUCCCAACGGUGCUCCCGGCAACGACGUUUAUGCCCCGGCCGCUGACAUGUCUGGGCUUCCUAAUGGCUAUGCCCAGCCUCCUGUCAUGAACGGAGGUGCUGGCGUGCUCAAGCGAGGUCGUGACGACGAUGAUGAUCUGUCUAGAUCUGGUAAUGGACCAUCGAUGGGCAGCCUCGAUCUCAAGCGACGCAAGACGAUGAUGGAGACAACAGUUCCUGCGCCUGCUUAUGACGCCAUGACACGACCUGCGUCGGCCGUUGGUGCCCCGCGGCGGCAAUAG